ACCGGGUGCAGAUACGUGUAAAAAUAAACGCACAAUUACUUUUUUUCUCGCACAAAUCGGACUCCAAAUCCCUGAAACUGCAAAAUGUACAAGAAUCUGGAGGAGCACAACCGGCUGGUGAACAAAUACCUGAAGAUUUUCUUCGUGGUGGCGCUUUACUGGUGCACCUCCAUUCUAACGGUUUUUGUGAAUAAACACCUGCUGAGCAGCGAUACAGUGAACCUGGGGGCUCCCCUCUUCAUGUCCUGGUUCCAGUGUGUGAUUUCCACGGUCAUCUGCUUCCUGGCCAGUCGCCUGAGCAGGAAGUACCCUUCGGUGUUCACGUUUCCCGAGGGGAAUCCGCUGGACAUCGACAUUUUCCGGAAGAUCCUGCCCCUUUCCGUGCUGUACACCUUGAUGAUUGGCGCCAACAACCUGUCGCUGUCCUACGUCACAGUGGCAUUCUACUACAUUGGCCGCUCGCUGACCACCGUGUUCAGUGUGGUCCUGACCUACGUGAUCCUGCGCCAGCGCACCAGCUUCAAGUGUCUGAUGUGCUGUGCCGCCAUUGUCAUAGGCUUCUGGCUGGGAGUGGACCAGGAGAGCCUCACAGAAGUCUUCUCUUGGCGGGGCACCAUCUUCGGAGUGCUCAGCUCGCUGGCCCUGGCCAUGUUCUCCAUUCAGACGAAGAAGUCGCUGGGCUAUGUCAACCAGGAGGUGUGGCUGCUCAGCUACUACAAUAAUCUGUAUUCAACUUUGCUAUUUUUGCCGCUAAUCAUCAUUAACGGCGAGUUGGAGACGAUUAUCACGUAUCCGCACCUGUGGGCGCCUUGGUUUUGGGCCGCCAUGACCCUAAGUGGCAUUUGUGGCUUCGCCAUUGGAUUUGUCACUGCGCUGGAAAUCAAGGUCACUUCCGCCCUAACGCACAACAUCUCGGGCACCGCAAAGGCCUGCGCCCAGACGGUGAUUGCAACCCAGUAUUACCAUGACGUUCGAUCGGCGCUCUGGUGGACCUCCAAUGUGGUGGUUCUGGUGGCCAGUGCCGCCUACACCCGGGUCAAGCAGCUGGAGAUGCUGCGCCAGCACCAGCACCGCAGCACUGCCACCCUGAAGGCCUAGAAGCAAUAGCCAUGCCGCCAAAAUAAUGUAGACUGUUUAGGACUCUAGGAGAUGUAAGUUUAAAGUAUGCACAAACAAACCAUCAACAAAAAUA